CUCUCUCUCUCUCCCUCUCCUCUCUCUCUCUCUCUCUCUCUCUCUCUCUGUCGCUUAAACAACAGUCCUAACUUUUGUGUGUUGCAAAUAUAAAAGGCAAGCCAUGUGACAGAGGGACAGAAGAACAAAAGCAUUUGGAAGUAACAGGACCUCUUUCUAGCUCUCAGAAAAGUCUGAGAAGAAAGGAGCCCUGCGUUUUCCCCAAGUUGUGCAGCAGAUACUAUGCUGAUGGCUUGUCAAUGCAAAGAGUAAGACAAGACUCUGCCAUACAAAGGACAAUGACAACUAGAAAGCUUCAGCCAGAUCCUGCCCUUGCCUUGAAAGGAACUGGAUCUUAGGUGAAGGAAUUUCCAAUCUUUUGUCCUCUGUCUCCCUCUGCUGUUCCUCUGGAGAAGUUUUUCCUUACAACAAUGAGAAAUCAUGUACUAGCUGCAUCCUUUUCUAUGCUCUCCCUGCUGGCACUAAUGGGAGAUACAGACAGCAAAACAGACAGCUCGUUCGUGAUGGACUCGGACCCUCGACGCUGCAUGAGACACCACUAUGUUGAUUCUAUCAGUCACCCAAUGUACAAGUGUAGCUCAAAGAUGGUGCUCCUGGCCAGGUGCGAGGGGCACUGCAGCCAGGCAUCGCGCUCGGAGCCCUUGGUGUCCUUCAGCACUGUCCUCAGGCAACCUUUUCGUUCCUCCUGCCACUGCUGCCGGCCCCAGACCUCCAAGCUGAAGGCCCUGCGACUGCGCUGCUCCGGGGGCAUGCGAAUCACGGCCACCUACCGUUACAUCCUCUCUUGUCACUGUGAGGAAUGCAGCUCCUGAGGCCUGCUGCAUGGCUGUGUGGCUUCUGGCUGGAAUGACCGAUCAUCAGCCAGGGAAGGACUGGCAAGAAAAGAGUUAAGGCAAAUAAAGGCACAGCAAUUCCCGCAGGAUUCUGCAUAGUCUAGUAAUAAAGACUCUCUGCUUCUUGACAGAGAAAGCUAUGCUGGGAACUUGGUUUUGGUUCCCAUCUCCUUUCCCUGGUACAAUUUCUUUUGGUUCCUUUUCACAUUCAGGCAUUUCCCCCUUUGGCUCUGAAUGCUGUUUGGAUUUCCAACAAUUUUGCAUUAGUGGGAAAAUGUGGGGCCCCGUGCAAGAGUGUGUCAGGCUGUUGCUAUUUGGUGCAUAUUAGGGAAGACAUUGUUUGGAAGGCAGGAAAGCCCAACUCUUCCUGGGACAGCUGUUGGUUUUUUUUUUGUUUCUUCAUCUUGUCAUUUUGGUCUAAAGGUUACCAAUUUCAAACUUUGAACAACAAGCAUGUGGAUAUGUUUAGCAAGGUUUUCUCACAGACAGCUAACUGACAUUAAAAUAACUAACAAAUGGAUUAUUUUACAUGAUUCUGAAACUCUUGACUGCCAUAAUUAUUAUUCAGAAAUUACUUUGGGGAAGUAAAGGUGGCAUAAAGAAUUUGUCACCCGAAGGCUCUUGCAGAUAAAUUAUGGUAAAAAUUUUAUAAGGGAGCAGACUUGCAAAGACUUGCACAGUUACGGAUCCUGCACUGACUUUGGAAAAGGCAUAUACAUACUAGUGGCACGGAGAAUGCACCGUACUCAUGCAUGCAAAUUAGACAACCAAGUAUGACUUUCUUUGUGGGUGUGCUAUAUAGUCUUGGCCAUGUUACGGGAAUCAUUCUCUAACAUCCACUUGUCCGUGUGAGGCUUGUUGCCAUAGUGGUGACCUGGCUCAUCUUCUGAACAUUUGAUUCCAAUAUAUUUGGUUCUUGAUGCUCAAAUUUUGAGUUAGUCCCAUGUUUUGAAAUAAAAAGAGAGUAUCUUCAAA